GAGUUACAAGUCACUGCGACAGGUAUCCUAGAGCUUUGCAUCCGCAUAGGCGUCAAGAAGAGCUCUGGUCCUAGAAGCUCAAGGCUUCAUCUUUUGUCUAGUACACACUCAAGAGUUCCUGUCGGCCAUCAUGGCGUCAAGACAAGCAGCACUGCAGCUUCUUGCACUCUUCAUCUUAGCAGCUGCAUUCUCCAGCUUCACGCUGAUUCAUGCCGAUGAUUCCUCCAAGUCAGAUGAACACGCGAGCAAAGAAGUUUCUGCAUCGGAUGACUCCAGCGCUCAGGAGGACAGCAAAGAAAAACGAUCGCAGGAGGAGAUAAUGUUCGGCAACCAACAGAACAAGCCAAACGGUCUGGUGGACGACCUCAUGGGUAUGUCCGAGAACGGCGAAGAGGACGACAGCAGUGCUUCCGUCUUACCGGACAAGAAGACCGCUGGUGCGCAAGAUGAUGAGCACUCAUCAAACGACGAGGCAAAAGAUUCGAAAGACGAAAAACGGGCCCCAGCACCAGAAGACCAGCCGAAUGAUAUGAUGAUGGGUUCUGGAGCAGAGAACUGGUACAACACCCUUCCGGUCUCCCCCAGUGCUAUGCAGUAUCUGGCCAACUCGCAGGCGAUGAAAACCAUGCCAGCUUCGGAAGACUUCAGCAACAGCCUGUAUGACCAGGAGGACCUGUACCGUCGCAAGAGACAGCUCAUCAAUCACCAUGGCCUGCCCCUCCAGAAACGCAGCCUCAGGAGCUCCCUGGGGCAGAUGAUUCAGAAGAGGGGUAUCCGCAUGCCCAGGAGGUCCAUGAGGCUCAAGAGGCAGGUGGACAUGGAAGACCUUCUCAACCUCUUCGGAAACGAACGAUUCUAUGAUGAAGACCAGCAAAUGACUCCACAUAUCUUUGGAGGUCGGUCACAGACCGUAGCUAAGCGACAUGUUCCCGGCCGAUUCUCGGGCUAUCCAGAAACACCAGCUCCAGAAUUCCGUUACCCUUACGUGUUUCAACACCGCGACAACGGCAUUUUGUCCGCCAACAACGACAUGGAUGAAAACAGCGACGCUCUGGACGGAGAAACCAUGGAAGACAUCGACAGUCUGAUGCUACUCCCCCCCAAUGCCAGAUAUUCGGACCUUGCUCAGUACGGAUCCCGGGAUGAGGAGAAGGAAGCGAUUCAGAGCUGGCUGAACCGACACACUGUUCCAUCCGUUUUCAGAGUGUCCAGAAGAUCAGCCCCUUACUUCUACCCCGUCGACUACCGAUACAUACCCGGCUACAAGAAACGAUCCAGCUUCCGAAACAGGAAUAGGGAUUUGGGCCGUUUUUCGAACGAUGAUGACACCGAAGCAGAUUUCGGAAAAUGGGGGCACGUCGUGCAGGUCCCCGAAGCGUAUGCAUCUCCAGAAGAUGUGGCCAGACUGUAUGGGCUGGCCAAUCUAAUGGCUGAAGAAGACGAGCCGGAAGCCAAAAUGCGCAGAUCAGCCUAAAAAUCUUAAAAAAAAAUGGUGUGUCCCCCCCAUGCUUCUUUCAGCGUGCGAUGGGCUUUUUCGUAUAACUGUGCAUCCUAUAUUUUACUCACAACGUCUCUAACUGUUCUGUGUAUUAAUUCCAAGAGCAACUGGAAGACAAUUUCACCAACUGUAACCAGUUCGAUCCGAUUAAGACAAGAUUAAUCGAAAUACAUGAAUGGUUUAUUCAAUGUGUACGUGUUUUUAUGUAGUUUUGUUUGCACACAGAGUAUUACCGAUUAAAUUGUUGUCUUUCUUUUUUCAAUACCAAUUUUUAUAAAACAUUCCAUCACUCAGUAACCAAUUCCUGCUAGAAUAGGAUCUUUUUAAAGUAUAAAGAAGCACAAUUUUUCCUGGUUAAAAAAAAAAAAAAGGAUUGCAUCCUGCUUUCCUGCUAUUCCGUCAAUUAAUAAUUUUUAUGCAAAACGAAAUCUAAAUAUAUUUUGAUAGUCAAAAGAUUGAAAAUUUUGAAUGUUACGCUUAUGUUUGAGAUUUGAACACAUUUUAUGAAUAUUCUAAUUUAGUAUUUUCCAACUAUGAUUUCAGUCUGACGUUUCAUUCAGCUUUUAAGGAUAAUUCGAUAAUACAUGUUAAAAACUUUGUGAACAAAAAUAUAGCUUGUUGUUUGUUUACUUGUUGUUGUCGUUUGAAAAUAUUUAUUACUUUAAAAUAUCUAUAGUUUAGAUUACACUUGUUUAAGAAUUUAUUGAUUCCAGAUAUAUAUUUCCGUAACUUUCAACUAAAUUUUAAUAGAUAGGUAAUAAUAUCUCUGUCGGUAAUAUAUAACAUUAAUUUGAGCUAUUUAAAACUCUGUUUGUGCAUUUCUUGGAUGCAAUUGAAUACUGAUAUGUUACCAUUUCUAUAUAAGAAGAGAAUGACAGCCAUAUAAUCCGUAUAAAUUUCAGAAUAUUCUUUAGAAAAUGUAAUAUAGAGGCAUUGAAGUUUAAGCAACAGGCUGCGUCACACCGUUACACGAUGAUUUCACUUUUCGCAAUGUCACACGAUGAGGUUUGUAUAAUGUCAAAUUGUCGCUUGAUAAUGCACGCACGCAAGAUCACAUUAUCACGUGAUAAUUAAAUUCAUAAAGUGUCCUAUUAUCACGUGAUAAGGUCACUUAAUGCAAUCUUAUAUGAAAUGAUGCAUGCAAAGCUGCAUUGACACUUGAUGUGGUUCAUACAGAGUCACGCCAUAAAGUCACUACAUACAAUGGUGCAUGAUAAAAUCUAUGCAAAGCCACAAUGGUACACAAUAAAGCUCAUGCAGUGUCACAUUGUUUGGUCAUAAGGUUAUUUCUUGAAAUGGCAUAUGGCGAAAAUAUAUGUAAAGCCUCAUUGGCUGACGAUAAAAUUCAUGCAAUGCCAUUUCAUGAGGUCACUUCAUGAUUUGGCGUAUGAUAAGAUAUACAUGAAGCCUCAUUGAAUACGAUGAGACUCAUGCAAUCUCACAUUGUCAUUUGAUAAAGUCACUGCAUGUAAUGGCGUAUGAUAAGAUAUACAUGAAGCCUCAUUGAAUACGAUGAGACUCAUACAAUCUCACAUUGUCAUUUGAUAAAGUCACUGCAUGUAAUGGCAUAUGAGGCUCAAGCAAAACCUCAAUGGCAUAAAACAAAGCCCAUGCAAUAUGGUCACUCCAUGCAAUGUCACAAUUGCACACUUCUCUUGUAAAAAAAUGAAGAAAAGGGAAGAUACUUUUAUGGCAAAUAGAUUCACUAAUGCAUAUAUUGUAAGCGGUAUGUCUAUCUACCACGUUCUAAGAAGCUGUCAUCUGUGAUAAUCGAUGCUCUACUGGCGCAUAGGCGCAACAUGUAGAGUAUGCAUACUUACUUGCACGUAAAAAAUAUGUUUACUUUCUGAACACAGUUUUGGUUUGUAUGCAAUCGCAAAAACGAUUUUUUUUUUAUAUAUCAGUAAAAUGAAAGACUCGAUUGCGCAGGAUGUCCUGUGAGCAGUUUUUCAUUUUCUGCAUUCACAACUUUUUUGAUUAAUUCUCAUUUCUUAUGAUAUCCAGAAAAGUUUUUAGAUAAUUAAACUUUUUUUUAAAUUAUUUUUCAUUUUAUAAAAUGUUAAUUUUGAAUGAUAUGUCUACUCUGUUUGACUGGAAGCGUGUCAAUACUGGCACCAAUAAUAAACAUAGAUUUGAUGAUUGUGCACCUGUUUCGUAUGUUAUAACCACGUUUUUGUGACUUGCGAUGCAUUUUGUGGAUCAGGUAAACUAAAGAAUGUACUGAAAAUCUUCUAAAAACGAAAAGCAAUGUAUUUUUCAAAGGAAAUAUGGGAACCAAUUCUGGAAUUUCCUAUAUUUCCUACUUAAUGUUAAAAACACUCGAUUUUCGAUUCUUCUAAAAGUUCAAAAGAAAUGAAUAAAUUCCUUUUUUAAAUGUUACUAAAAAAACACAUAUAUCUGUCCUCUUCGCAAAGAAAUGGUGAACAUCUUCACGUAUUCUGCUUCUGUUCAAUGUGCAUAUCCCCCAUUUUGUAUCAUGUAUGAGUGUUGUGUAUUUCUUGUGUAUCUGUUGAGAGAAACAUGCAUUAAUAUAAACAUGUUGUUCUAUUAUCAAUUAAUAUUAAAUGUACAGGAGUUACACUGAGAGAAACCACUUACUGCAUGAGAAGAAAUAGAUGGAGAGAAACAAAGAGUAUUAUUUCCAAGAAUGAAAUUAAAAAUGUAUUGAAAUUUAUGAAAUAAAUUUACUUUAUGUUCAA